AUGAGCUCCUUCAAGAACGUUGCAAUUGCUGGUGCAACUGGCUACCUCGGGCCAGCAGUUGUCAAAGCCGUUAAAGAAGCCGGAUUCAAUGUCACAGUACUUUUAAGAGAAUCGAAUUCAUCCAAAAUUGAGUUUGAUGGCGUCAAGAUUGCGAAAAUCGACUACGGAUCAAUUGACUCCCUGGUGGAUGCUCUCAAUGGCCAAGACGCUGUUGCGCUUGUUGAAGCCGCAGUCAAAGCUGGUGUCAAGAGGUUUCUUCCUUCGGAAUACGGUCUUGACGUGAGCAUCCCGUCAGUUCGAGCCGUUCCUUAUUUGCGCGCGAAAGGUCUUAUUCAGGAUCUGCUGAAAGAAUUGGGCAUGGCGUAUACAAUCUUAUAUACUGGACCGUUCCUUGAAUGGGGCCUUGAUAACUUCUUUGUCGAUUGGAAAACCGCCACGGCGAACGUAUGGAACGGGGGCGAUAUUUCUGUCGGCAUGUCCACUCUGGCAGACACUGGUCGAGCUGUCGUUGGCGUCUUGCUCAAUCCCAAAGAGACGGAAAACAAAGCCUUUUACACAACCACUGGCAUGGCAACCCAGAAUGAAAUAUUGUCCGCUGUACAAGAAGGCCGCCCUGACUUGAAGCUCUCUAUAAUUCACCAAGACAGCAAGAGCUCACUUGCUGCUGCAUAUGAAGCUGCCAAGGCCGGCAGAGGUAUGGAGUUUGAGGUUGCACGACACUUCCUUGGUUCUACUAUUUUUGGGCUUGAGAUCGAAGCGGGCGUCCCGUAUGGUAGAGAUAACGAUUUGCUAGGGAUCAAGAUGGUGACUCCAGAAGAAUUUAAGCAACUGGUGAUUAGCCAUGUUAAGAAAUAG